UCUUUUUUCUUCCCUUUUUUUCCUGAGACAUUCUUUGCAAAUCAUUUUCCCAGAAAAUCGUCCAAUUUUCCAUGAAAAUCACGAUGAGAGGACGCUUCCUUGUGACUCCAACACCCAAACACUUGCCCCUCUUCUUCGUUAGUCGCCACAUAACACGCGCCACCAAAUCUAUAACUUCCAAUUGCCAAACCCAUCAUCAUCUCACUUUCUCUGUUCCUCUUCCCUUUUUCCCCAUUAACAAACACACCCUCCACACUGGUUCCACUGUAGAGCAACAAGUUGAAGCAUACGAGGUUGAACCCGAUCUCUGGUCGAAGAUUCUAGAAGAAGCAAGAAACGAUGUCGCUGAAGAACCCAUUUUGUGUAGUUACUACAACACCUCCAUUUUGUCUCAUAAAUCGUUGGAAACUGCACUGGGUCAUCACCUAGCUACCAAACUGAGCAGUGCAAGCCUUCCAAGUUGUGUCCUUUCUGAUCUUUUCUUGAAAGUUCUUGAAGCUAAUGAAACCCUCAUGGAUGCUACGAAGGAUGAUCUUAGAGCAGUGAAGGAAAGGGACCCUGCUUGCAUUAGCCACGUGCACUGUUUCUUGAACUUCAAAGGGUUUUUGGCGUGUCAAGCUCAUAGGGUGGCUCAUAAAUUGUGGCUUCAGGGUAGGAAGGUUCUGGCUGUGAUGAUUCAGAACCGUGUUUCUGAGGUUUUUGCAGUGGAUAUUCAUCCUGGAGCUAAGGUUGGAAGUGGGAUUUUGCUGGAUCAUGCAACUGGGAUUGUUGUGGGUGAAACGGCUGUGAUUGGGAACAAUGUGUCAAUUUUGCAUAGUGUGACUUUGGGAGGGACUGGUAAGGUUUCUGGGGAUAGGCACCCCAAGAUUGGUGAUGGGGUGCUUAUUGGUGCAGGAACUUGUAUCUUGGGGAAUAUUAAGAUUGGUGAAGGAGCUAAAAUUGGUGCUGGUUCAGUGGUGAUUAAGGAUGUGCCUGCAAGGACUACUGUUGUUGGGAACCCUGCUAAGUUGGUGGGAGGGAAGAACAACCCUGUUAAGUUGGACAAGAUUCCUAGCUUCACUAUGGACCAUACUUCACAUAUUUCUGAGUUUUAUGAUUAUUGUAUUUAGACUAGAGUAAUCUUCAAGCAUGCUUAAUUGCUUUUGAGUUUUACUAUGUUCAUGAAUUUUAGGUUUAGUGAUUUUGAUUGGGGGUUCUUGUUUGUUAAGUAAGAGAGAAUUGAAGUUCUCCUGCUUACAAUAACAAAUAGUGAAAUGAAUAAGAAUAGAGUCCCUUUGAUAAUAUGACGGGAGAUAUGCACAGGUGUCAGCAGCUGCAUUCAUGUAUGCUACUGUUGUUGUAACUUGUAAGGUGCUUGAUGGAACCAUCCUUUAUUACUAUAAGUGUUGUAACUUGUACAUGAAUUUCUCUUUAAUUGUUUUUAUUUCCUGUUCUUCUUGUUGCUCAUCCUUGUUGGAUAUAAGUGUGAGAAAUUCUUUC